GUCAGGGAGGAAACUUCCUGUUAGGAAAUUGUCGACGAGACAUUUACAGGAUGGUAGACCAACAUAUAUUUUGUGUGUUAUAGGAAUCUAAGAGACUUUAAAAUAAUAUUAAACCAAGCCAGAAAAGGCCUUCCACCUACUAGCAUUGCUUGCUCACUUACCUUGGCUAGCCAUGGCUGAUGAUUCUGAUUUAGGCAUUAGGAGACGGCAACAGUUUGAACUUGAAAAUUCUUCAAAAGAUGACAAGCUAAACCUUCUAAUAAACAUGGUGGUGUCUGGGAAAGUUCAUAUAGAAACAGACACAGAUGAUAAACUGAAAAUUGUAUAUGGAGAUGAAAAAGUUCGCCACCUGGCACAUGUGGAUGUUUCCAGUGCUCACACCAUUCAGAAGGGUAAAAACGAGGAUGAUAUGAAAAAGCGUGUUGAGGUUUGUUUGGAGAUGAUUGAAGCCAUCAAGGCAAAGCGAGCGCCAAGUGGUGUAGCUGUUGACUCUACAAAGGUGUCUCUCAGUGCACAAGGGGAUUACAGAGAAGACAUUGAGUUUAGGAACUUGCAGGAGGUCUUGGGAAGUGGCAGUCUUGCAGGAAAAGUCAUGGUGGUUGAGGACAUAAAAACUGGCAGCGUCCAUGCCAUGAAGACAGUGAUGCUGUCAGAGUUUUGCACUAAUGAAAUUCGAUGCUGGGUAGACCUUGAUGGCUCAGACUCUUUUCCUAGUCUUUAUCUUUUUAGACUGGAUGGAAGGAAGGUUGUUUUCCACAUGGAAAAAUUAGAGAGCAGUGUUGUAAUGGAUGACAUAAUCAAAGAAAACAUAUGGCGCCUGAAGGAGCAAAGGCCAGAUCUUGUGCGACCAUUUUCUCUUUUUGUCUUCCAUGAUUUGCUGAGCACGUUGAAGGAAAUGCAUGACAAAAACUGGACACACAAUGACCUACACAGUGGAAAUGUCAUGCUGACCAAGGACACAAUGUCUGUUAAAGUUUUGGAUUUUGGGAUGGCAAAGCCACUACGUGGAGAAUUGAAUUUUAAUAAACAGGGCUUAAAAAAUGACAUUCUAAGUGUCAUUCGCCUUUUUUGUGCUUUGUACAUAGGGGAGGACUUUUCAGACAACUUUCAACUUCAAAAAAGUAUGAAAUCUGGAAAUGUUAGAGAGACAAUCGAGCAGGCGCAACAGCUGAGCAAAGAAGAGAGACGGGAACUGUUUGAGCUGGUGAAGUUGACUUAUGACGUGGCAUGCUAUGAAUCACAGGAAGGCUAUGGAGACCCCACUUUUGUGAUGGAAAAGAUUAAAGAUAGCUGCAACCCAAAAGACAAGAACAAAGUGAUGAAGAUGGCAGCAGCUGUUUUGUUUCCUGAAAUCUGGGAGAAUGAUGUCGUUCUGCAUGCAAAACAAGGAGAUGAUGUGGCAGAUGGGUUUUGUGAUGUACCUGAUGCUGGUAUAGCAGCUGCAGUGGUGCCAAUGGCCCAAGUUUUGCCGUGCAUUCAGGACAUAGAUAUUGAAGCAGUGGCAGACACAUUGCCAGACGAUAUCCUGGAUAAACUGACCCUGAGGCAUUAAAAUUUGCUGUUAGAAUUUCUUCUGCUACUUUGCUUCAAAAAUUCCUCUUUCUGCACCUAAAUAUUGCUUAUGGAGCCAUGCAUCUUGUGCUAAAGACAAUGUUUACAGCCUACAACGAUGAAAAUAUAAUUUAUUAAUGCUUUUUAUGAAUCUGAUGUUUAAGGUCUCAAGGGUACACAACUUAUAUGACUGUUUGUAAUGAAUCAAGUCCCAUUGAAAUUCCUUUUUUAAGGCAUAUACCAAAGAAGAAAGUCAUAAUUGUGUACAUAAAUACAGAAUGAGUAAGAGAAUGUUGAAAAGUAAAUGUAUUCAUGUUACAGUAUAAAGAACCACACAGUAGAGGAUAUCUGUUUUUUAUUCUCUUACUGAAAGCUGUAUUGUUUUUUAAAAGUUUUGGUUCAGUUUUGCAUUUUUUCUGUGUGUCUUCUGAAUCAGAUGAUCUCCAUUUAAAAAAAAUUGUGUGACUUUUACAAUUGCAUUUAAAUAAUGAGAUCAGAGUAAUACUGUGGAUGGGAAGGUCAUGACAUCAUCCACAGUAAAGUUUUUAUUGCUCAGUCUUUAUCCUUCUUCUAGUGAUGAGAGUAUAAUUUUUGUUGUUUAUAUGAUAUAUUUUAAUCUGGCCAGUGUACCUCUUAUGAAACAUUUUUGACAAUGUCUAGACAAUCAAAAAUCAUGUGCAAUGAACUCUAUGUGGUUCCUUUUUGGGGCUGGAAUGUUGAUUGAUUUUUUGUCGAUUUUAGAAAGGGACAGUUUAAAUGUGUCAUCAUAUUGUUUAUAUACAACAGAAAAAAAUUUGAAAUGUUAUUUAUUCUUCAUGCACAACAGUUACUUCCUAUACAGCCUUAUUUAUGAACCUGUGCUUCUGUUUUUUGGCAUUUUUAGCCUGUUCUCUUAGCAUGAGUUAGAGUAAAAUAAUAAUGGCAUAAUCUCUUAUGCAGCAUGCUGGCGACUGGCAUGCAAUUUUAUUUUUAACCUGGCAUUUCCAUGACAUAACUGGAUUUGUGGGUACUAUUUAUUAUUCUCCCCAUAUGUGCCUUGUCUAUUUUUAUCAGUGCCUAAUAAGCAGUUGUCUUACAAAAGUCCACAACCAUGCAGCAUGAAACUUGGUGUGACAGCCUGUGGUUGUAAAUUUUCUACCAUCAGACUUGCAUUUCUGCAGUCUUACAGAUUAUAUCUUUUUUACAGUUUGCUUUGCAAUAGUCAUGUAUUCAGUGUUUUUCUUCAAGAGAGAAGAUAAAGAUUUACCAAAGAUCCAACAAACAGAUAAUGUCUAGUCACUUAAGAAGUGAUGUUACUAUAAAUGAUGAUGUAGAAAUCUUUGGGAAUUAGUCAAUAAUUUAAGAUUUUAAGGGAAGUCUUUCAUCAAAAUGAUGUUGACAAGUGCUUACAGUGAUAAUACCUGUCUAUUUUAAUUCCAUAGAUCUGAAACCCAUGACAGGUUAUAUUUGAGGUUACCAUGGCAGUCAGCGUGGGGUUUUUCCCCCUAACUUAUAAGAAGUUGGAGAAAUGCCUAGUCUUAUGCUUUAAAAGUCAUGGCUCAUGUGGCUUGUAUUGUAUUCUUUUGUGUCAUUUGUUUAAUUUAAUAAAAUGUUAGAUGUGAUCGAUUCUGGUCUAGCAA